CUAGAAAGAAUGAUAAAAGACAACAGUAAAGACACAAGAAUGGCAAUGGCACAGUCAAACUACUUUUCAAUCAAGCUUACACGGUUCCUCAUGAAAAUCAUUGGUUUCUGGACAGUCUAUACGAGAAAAGAGAAGUUGAUGUUACGGGUCAAUUAUUUCUAUAUGUUAUUUAUUCUUUCUAUAUCCAUAACGAACCAAUCGAUUGAUCUUUAUUAUUGUCGACAUGAUCUUUACGAAGCAACAUACACUGCUUCCACGGCAAUACCUCUUUUAAUAGCAACGGUAAAGGCCAUCACGUUUACUGUGCGAAAACCAGAGAUAACGUGGUUACUCGAACGGAGCCAGAAAUACUUUUGGUGCAAGAAAUACAACGCAUUUGAGAAAAGAAUCAUGGAUAAACUCAAUAAAAAAUCCAUGCUAUAUAUGGGUUCUUAUACAUUUUUUAUUUAUGGAACAGCCGUUGUAUACACAGUGUAUCCUCUCUUUGCAAACAUUGGAAAAACUGGGGAGGACAGAAUUCUCCCUUUCCAUUUCAGACUGUUCAAAGUACCCGCAACUAGGACACCGUAUUACGAAAUUAUAUUCGGAGUGGAGGUGAUGUCAGCUCUGCAUUCAGGAAUUUGCUUUUGCUGUUUUGACAAUUUAUUGUGUGUACUGACUCUACACGUAGGCGGACAGUUCAAGAUUUUACAAAAUAGAUUAGAAACGAUAUUUGGAAAUUUUUCGGAGAGAAAAUCAUUUGAAACAUACGAGGAGUUCAAAGAAUGCAUAAUAUAUCACCAUUUGCUUAUUACGUACGUGGAGAAAUUGGAAUGCGUGUUCUGCUUUCCCCUGAUGUUUCAGCUAUUAAUGUCCAGUAUAGUGUUAUGUCUCUCGGGGUUUCAGCUAACCAUGGCUAGCGAAGAAUUAGUGAAGAAAUAUCUGUUCCUGAGUUAUGCUAUCAGUGGUAUCGUACAAGUAUAUAUGAUAACACGGAUUUGUGACGAUAUAAUGGAAGAAAGCAGCUCCGUAGGAAAUGCGAUAUACAGUUGCAGUUGGGAGAGGACAUCUUAUAUAAUGUUCAGUAAACUCAGGAAAGAUAUGAUUAUUGUAAUGAUACGAACAAAAUAUCCUUGCUACCUUACAGCUGCAAAAUUUUUUCCCAUCUCUCUUAAGUCGUUUACAAAUGUGAUGAGCACAACUGCAUCCUAUUUUACCCUACUUCAAACAAUGGAUGGGUAAUGAUAUUUAAUAAUAAUUUAAAAAUAUUCCAAAAUAAUUUUAUGAUUAAGGUAUCAUUGAAUAGUCGAUCACAUUAAGAGAUAUCCAGGUAAAUAUAAUGUAUUUAAUUAACAUAUCUUGGAUAAGUUGCAAACUGAUAU